UUCGCCUUCACAUUAUAGGUACAGCGUCACAGCAUUUAGUACGAACGAGUACUUCAGUCUUAUAUAAUUCACUUACCUCGACAAAUUGUUGCAGAGGAGUGGAGUGCAGGCUAUUCCUGAAAUCGCUAUCGGCGUAAGAUUUUCCAAGUGGCAGAUCGGAAGCGAAACGAAUUCUGAGAAUACCAAUGGCAGAGGAAGAAAAUGAGACAUCCAGCCUGGACCCAAUGAGGUUUCUUGGCUUCCUUCCUGGUGCUCAUCACGCGAUUAAUUUGCAGAAGAAAAGAUUCUACACACUUCUGGUCAGAAGAGGCUUAUCGUACAUGCAUAGGAAAAAUUUCGACGUUGAUCCGGACUCCCCAAUUCUUAGAGAAGAUAAUAAAAAGGAAAAAGCAGAAUGUGGAGAUUUUUUCAGCAGCAAAACAGAUCAUCCGAAAAAGGUGUUGAUAGUUGGGGCAGGAAUCUCUGGUCUUGCAGCAGCUUACGAAUUGAAACGUUCAGGACAUGAGGUUACUCUUCUCGAAAGGCAACACCGUGUGGGCGGAAGAAUUAAGACGCUUCAUUUUGAUUUUCAACAAUCUCCUGAACUUCGUGGAGAAGCUGGAGCAAUGCGAAUUCCUCGGCAUAAUCGCCAUUACCUCACUGAUGCUUACAUCGACAAGUUUAAUCUUAAAGAAAAGGACUUUUACAAUGUUGAUCCUGAGGGGGAGUGCUUCGUCAGCAUAGGAGGAGAAACUGCGAAAGUGAAGGACUUUUAUACUGAUAAGAAAGAAGGAAGGGCUAGAGCGAGGAGAUUGUGUGACAACCAAUUCCCCGGUUGGGAUAAGUUUAUUGAGGAAAAAGACUUGAGAAGAAAGCAUUGUAUUGAUAAUAUUAUGGACUAUUACAAAUUAACAAUAGAAGAAGUCUCUGAUAGUGCACCGAAAUAUAAAAGAGGAGAAUGCGCCGAGAAAUAUGCACGGGCAUGGCGAAAGUGGUUGGAACGUUGGAGCAAAAUGUCUUUUACCGAAUUUCUUUCGUCUGAUCUUCCGUGUGAAGAGUCUGAUAAGACCAAGCCAGAUUUCAGACCUUGGCCUAAAAUAGCAAUUGAUUGCAUUACAGAUGUAAAUUACAUUGCGAAUCCAGCGUUGUCUGUAGCAACCGUCCUGGCGGAGGAAAUAGGGAAAUGGUGGACUCCAAAGAUGAAAACUCUAACGAAUGGUAUGGAAGAAUUACCCGAAUCUUUUGUCAAUGAUGCUGCAGACCCAUACUGCUUGGAAAGUGACAUCCGAUAUGGCAUCACAGUUAAAACCAUCGAGUGGCGGAAACCUGGAGAUGGCAAUUGUUGCUACUCAGUUAAAGUCUCUGGUCGUCAAACCCAGACAAAAAACGAGGUUCAUUUCGAAGCUGAUGCUGUGAUCAUUACCAUUCCACUAAAUAUCAUGCGUCAGCUGAAGUUUAUUCCAGCUCUUCCACAGUACCUGGACGACGCAAUUGGAGAUAUUCAUUACCAACCUUCGACUAAGAUGUUUCUUGGAUUUCGAGAACGGUUCUGGGAAAGAGCCAAGUAUCCCGUGGUAAAUGGAGGCAUAACCAAAACCAAUUUACCUAUCAGUCAAAUUGUGUACCCAAGCAAGACAGAUACAGAUGAACAAGGGUCAGAACGAGGAAUCCUUUUGCUUUACACAUGGAAUAGAGAGGCCUUGUCGUUUGGUUCACAGCCAGAAGAUGAAGCACUUACUGAGGCCUUGCGUGAAAUACAAACCGUUUACGAACGUCUGUUAUGCGAAGACGAGUCUGCAUCAAUAGUUCAAGACACAUUUGAAGUAGGAGCCGUUCAGUCCUGGUACACCGACCCCACUGCACAGGGAGCCUAUGUUCAUUUACUUCCAUACAGCUACAUGCAUCAUCUGAAACUCCUCCUAGAACCUAAGGAAAUUUAUCCAAUUUUCUUUGGCGGCGAGGCCUUAUCCUUUGCUAAUGGUUGGAUCCAAGGUGCACUAGAAUCAGGUCUAAGAGCUGCGUGGCAGUUUUACAAGUUUAACGAAGGAAUGUACCCAAACGAAAGAAAUCCUGAACCGGCUAAACCUGAACCAAAGCCUGAUCCCUCGCAGGAUUUUGACCCGGAUCAUCCUUUCUUUGGAUUAUCAAAAUAUCCUUUCCCAAUAUAGAGGAGAAACAAUGAUGAGAUAAUAAUGACAAUUGAUUCAUUUGGAAGAAUUACAAUUAUAUAUACUAAGCGUAGAAUAAUGCUUUGCAUGAUUGAGAUAUCCUUUCUCAAUUAUUAGGCAGAAACAGAUUACACUGUCCAAUCAUAUAUGGCAACACACGGCAUUUUUUUUUUAAAUUAAUAAAGUACUUUUUGAAAUUAACUAAUAAUCGCUAUUAAUUGGGGUAUCAAGUUACCUAUAGAUAAUUGAAUAUAAUUACAAAACUCAUUAAAUUUAUGGGAAAUACAUUUUAAUUAGUGUU